GCUCUGUUGCCAAGGCUACCGUACAGCCUCUUGCUGCAUAUACCUAGACGAAGCUGCCGCCUGUGGAUCUCUCUCUCCUCCAGGAUACAAACAAAAGAAAAAACAAUCAGACUUUUUUAUACCUCUAUUUCUCUUUCACACACAGACACACACACAUCCGUAGAUUCUGCCUGUCCUACCCUCACACACGUCCUCUGCCUCUCACUGUCUCCUUCUUACAUGCAAACACACUCCUUCUUCUCCCAGACAGAGGAGCAGUAAAGGGAUUGGCGUGGUUCUUGGUGUUUGGCUCCUGGUCUUUGGCUCGGAGGGAGCAGAGCGGCAGAUGGCGAUGUGAAGACAGGCUCAGCCAGGUAAGAGGACUUAUCCUAACCAGACUUAAGGCUCUGGGUGAGUGACUGUUCCAGCCCUCCUCUACUCCCUCUGUCUCUCCCUCUUUCCCCCUCCGUGGCUGUGCGACAUGAGGUGAAUACCAAUUCCUCAGCAAAGCCCCCAUGGUUCAUAUGGCUGCUGCGCUUCCCUGGCUGUGAAAAGAUUUGACUCUGCCUCACAAUGGCUGACAACGGCUGGUUGCCACAGGAUACAGGAUUUAACUUGAUCAUGUGAUCUGACUCCCUCCCCAGUUCCCUGCCAUCUAUCAUAGGGGGAUCAUGACCCGCCGGCUGAGCAGCUCCACCCGUUCCCACACCGAGGACUCCAUCUUCCUGAGGCCUGACGAGGACCCCGUCUGGCUUGAUGAGCCCGCGAGGACUGAUAAAAUAGGCGACGGAGGCCCCAAAAAAGACGGGCCAAAAUGCAAAGAUGGGCCCGCAGGUGGCCAAAGCCCGCAGGGAGAGGAGGUGUUCAUGCACAAGGUGUACGCGCUCGUGAUUGAGAUCCACUGCUGGGCUGCACUCUUUGUCGUCUCCCAAGUCACGGGGUACUGGGUGUUUUUUGUGGUGGAGGGAAACGGACCUCUCUCCUCCAUCUACAAAGCCCUGCAAGUCAUUGACUUCUACCUUGGCUUCAUCUUACCCUGCCACCCGAUUUUUGGAGUGGAUUCCAUGGUGCUGAUGAGGGAGGUUGUGAACACCAAACAGCACAACUGGAUCGUCCAUGGAACUGCAGGCAUCGGUGUCGCCAUCUGUGUUAUCAUGGUCGUCCACAUGGUGUGUAAGUGGCGUUACGGCACUGGCUUGUGGUCGUCAGGAACAGUGGUGCGGGACAUUGGUGAUCGGCGUCAGUCUGUGAGCCGCCAGCCCUCCUUCACCCUGUCGGAGUGGACAGACGCUCAGGAGGACCUGCUGGACAUGGACCCCGUGCCCCAGACUCCAGUCUUUGACAUAGGCUGUGACACCAGGACAGAGGCAGACGCCGCCACCCUCACUGUCACACCAGUGGGGCUUCAGGAGAGGAGGGGCUCCAACGUUUCCCUGACCUUGGAUAUGUGUACACCGGGCUGCACUGAGCCCUACGGCUACGGAGCACAGCUCUCCCCCAGAGACCAGUCGGCCCAGGAGUACCUCCGACAGGGAACACACACUCUCACCCCUGCCAUGCUACACACACGGGCCAUGGAUGACCAGAGCCUGCAGGCUGAGUUUUAUGAAACUCCCAUGAACUUUGUGGACCCGAAGGAGUACAACUACCCAGGGCUGGUGAGAAAGAACCGCUACAAAACCAUCUUACCAAACACACACAGCAGAGUGAUCUUGAAGUCACUGGAUGAAGAGGAUUUCCUCACUACCUACAUCAAUGCUAAUUAUCUCAAAGGUUAUGGGGGUGAGGAAUGUGCAUACAUUGCCACCCAGGGUCCCACCGUCAACACAGUCGGGGACUUCUGGAGGAUGGUGUGGCAGGAGAAAAGCCCAAUCAUAGUGAUGAUCACCAACCUGGAGGAGAAAAACGAGAAAUGUGCAGAGUACUGGCCCGAGGACACUGUGACCCAUGAGGGUAUCGAGAUCACCGUUGUCACGGUAACCCAGGAGGAUGACUACAGUCUGAGGGUGUUUACUUUAAAGUGUGGGGGAGAGGAGCGCAGUCUGCGGCAGUAUUGGUACACCUCGUGGCCUGAUCAGAAGACUCCAGAUAAGGCUCCGCCCCUUCUGGAACUGGUGCAGGAAGUGGAAAGGGCCCGAGAGGAAGCUCCGCCCUCCAGUGGCCCUACAAUCGUCCACUGCAGUGCUGGAAUUGGUCGAACUGGCUGCUUCAUCGCCACCUCCAUCCUGUGCAAGCAGCUGAGGACUGAGGGUGUGGUUGACAUCCUGAGAACCACCUGCCAGCUCCGUCUGGACAGGGGCGGUAUGAUCCAGACGUGCGAGCAGUACCAGUUUGUGCAUCACGUCCUCAGCCUGUAUGAGAAGCAGCUGUCUCACACUGCUGAGGAGUAGAGUGAGCGCUCCAGCCACACCCAGACCGAGACACACCACUGUACACUGUACCGCCUCUGGUGGUAUGCACCACUGUACCUAGCAUCAUCUCAAUCUCACCCUUUAACAAGUUCAAACCAUCUUAAUCUCUUCACCCAAGACAGGCUCAUAUGCUCAGACAGGACUGAAUGGUCGACAUGAAAUCUGUGCUUACUGUAUGUCUUUGAGCAGAACAAACAUAGGGAGGUGGGAUUUAAGACGGCCCCCCAAAAUCCUGAUCAGACACUUAGCGGCCUGAAGAGUCGUGACAGCCAGGCCCUGAAAUAAUCCAAGCCCGCACUACUGACAUAAUUUCAUUGCACUGCUGAGGUUUUUUUUCUUUUAUCACCUUACUGUACAUGAGUCUCAGUCAUCAAGCCCCCUCAUAGCUUUAUGUACAGUCAUCAAAAGGUUAAACUGGAGCUGAAGUAUAGUCAGAUCACCUGCAGUCUCCCAAAGUUAUGGUCAGUUAUAAGGGCCCUUUACAGUAUAAGUGCCAGCAUAAUUUAAAUCUACAGAGAUGAUCAAAUGCCAGCCUAAUAUUAAACACUAUAUAGAUGUUAAAGUUCACGAGAAAUAUAAGUUAACAAGCAUCUUUUCGCAUUGACUCUCAUUGACUCUCACUUUUAAUGUAAAAAAAAAAAAAGAAAAUCACUACAAAAGGCCUGUUUCAACUUUCGAUGCAUUCAGGAGCCACCUCAUCUUCAGGUUGCAUGGUGCUAAGUGUUCAUUAAAGGCAUGUGCAAUGUUAUGGAACAUAGGAAUGUAUAACAAUUAGGUUAUUAAUUAACUAAUUAGGAUUUCUGUGCAAUCUACAGUAUUACAGUUCUACCAUGCUGCCUGUGCAGUCCUCAUGGCCCAUGAUGUUUACAGUAAACAACUCCUGCAUUAAGGCCACAUAGACGUACACUCAGAGGCGUCACAGAGCCGGCGACACUGAGGGGACGGAGGCCAGAAAUAGAAUCAGACCGUCUGAAAAAUCAAUGCAAAGCCCAGUGAAAGCUCUGGAGGAUCUGACAUACACAGCACAGGGAAGCAAAAAGUCGCAUUGAAGAAUGCACUAUAAGCUGAUGACAGGUGGUCACAUACUCUUCUUGUAAAUGUCCCAUUACUUUCAUGAUCGCCCUCAGAGUUACAUGCUCCGUGAUGCCUCUGCUUUCAACAGUAGCUUGAACACAUCCGUGAAGUAAGAAGCCCAUGAUUGUUGUAUAGACAGGCCAGGCCUAAUCUGUAUGAAGCACAAUAGACCAACUAAGGUUGUCUCUGAUGUUCAGCUGUAAAAGUUCUUUUUUUCCCGUAUUGUGUUUUGGUUGUGUUGAGUUUAAUGGAUUGCAUGUGCUGUAUGGGACUCCAUAGGUCCAAAAAUCAAAGCGACGUGAUUGGUUGUCCUGCUUUUUGUUGUGUAAAAGGGUUUAAGCCUAUUAUAUUGCUUGCUCUCGGCCAAUGCUUUUGAUACAGUUUGCUUUUGUGAAACCAACCAGAGAUAUUUUUAGAACAUUUUGAUACAAUCCUUUCGAGUAGAUGCCUUGUGUAUAUUUCCGUUUACACCAUGAUGGAAUGUAGCUCAUACUGUGGAUCAAACCAUCGGUUUAUAUUGCAAGAUUUGACAGAACAAAAUGUGACAACUACCUAAGUUACCUUACAGUACAGAAAAAUAAAUAGAUUAUGUUCAGUCUUCAGUAUUAUUACUUUAUGCCUUUAGGCUUUGCUUUAAUAUGCUUUGCUUUCUGUGUAUGUUUUUAUUGGUUUUUUUCUUGGAGAAUUUUACCUCAGACUGAGUUUUUACGCAGUCCCCACUUGAUUCCAUCUGUGACUCUAGGCCACUCUCAAGUUGACAACACGAGAAAUAAUUGCUAUGUGUAAGGCAGCUAAAACAGUGAGGACAGUUUUCUAUGUAACAAAAAUCACACUGAAACAACUUCUCUCUUGACUCAACGCAUCAGAUCAACAGUCACGAACAUUAUCAGAGGAUGGCGUUAACUGCGUGGGCUCGGACCAAUUUAUAAACAUCAAAUCAUCUAGCAAAUUAAACUGCCAAAAUUGCCUUUUACAGAAAUAAAAAUAGGACUGGGAUUUAUAAGAAAAGCUACAAUCUGUUGUCAGACUUUUGACAUAAUCCUCUGAUAAUGUUCAGUGUACUCAAGCUUUUGUUUUGAGUGCUUGUUUUCAAUGCUUACCUGAUCCUCCUCUGAUGAUCAAAAUGGGGACGACGAAAUAGCCAAACAGUGAGACGUACAACCAACCAGCAAUCAGUAUUCCUCUCCUCUGCUACAGUAUCGCUUUAAGUUGUGAGUUUUUGCAUCCAAAUAAAGGUAGAUUUUCA